GUCUCGCCACAAGCACGCACUUACAAGCGAUCUCAUUCACCGGCUUGUCUGAUCCCAGUUAGUAUUUUAGGCCUGCAUCGGCCGCACGUUUUGUCAUACCGAGUUCAAGUGUCGAACAGUUCAUUACGAUUUAAGUGAAUACAACAAAUUUUCAAGAUGUGGGCGAUCGCUUUCGUUUUUAUUGUCAGCGCUAGUCUUCAACCAACAUAUGCAGCAAUCCCUAAGCAUCCAAUGGAAGAAUCAUCGAUUCAAUAUCCUGAACCAAUCAACCAAAAAACUGAAGAAAUCCCAGACUCCUGCAAGGACCUCACAUAUUGUACAGUGAAACCAAAAGAUUACCCAGAAGAUAAAUUCAACGUAAUGUUCAAGGAUUAUAGAGGCAUUCGUAGACAUCGCAGAGGAGCAGAUGACAAGAGCUGCCAUACUCCUAAUUCUCAACCCAAUGAAGCUGAUGAGAAAGCGUUACCUCAACCCACUAUGGUAGUUGAACUUAAGAACCGACAAGGCGAACCCGAUAGCACAGACAACUGCGAGAGUGAAGUGACCUACGAACCCCUCUACAAAGUAAGAGAGAAGAGAGAUCAACCUUGGCGCACAGUGAUCCAAGCUCCCGGUCAAGAUUUCAUUCAACGUGUACGUCUUGAGAGAUGCUUAAAUCCGAAUGCACCUUGCUUUAAAAACCUUUCACCUUCGCAAGAAUUUGUCACAUUCUGCAGCCAAAAAGUCAAUGUAUGGCAGGUUUUGGUCUCCAAGGGAGACAAUGAAACAGAGAUGAUCAAAGCGGAACUGCCGGUGUGCUGCUCCUGUCACUAUAAGGAACUAGAUUUCAAAACCAGAUUCGGCAAACCUAAGAAGUAAGAUAAGAAGAAUUCAUCAGUGUUCAAUUGUAUCCGGUCUAGAAGAAUACUGUAGAGGCUUGUUUUUCAAAAAAAUAUGUAUUCGUAUUUUUGCAAUAAUUUUUCGCUAAAUCUUUUUAUGUAUGUGUCAUAUAUAGAUGUAAAUGCAUUUCAUUACUUGCAUUUACCCAAAUUGUUUUUUUUUGUCUCAUCUAAUUCAUACAGGUUUUAAAUAGGCCGUUACUUUUAUUUAAUAUUAUAUUUAAGUUAAUUUUAGGGACUACGUUUUUUACAUAUUGCUUGAAUUGUAAUAUGAUAUUUCGUCAUUUGUUUUUUUAUUGACUAGGGCUGACAGCUUUGUUAAGGCCUAGCCAGCACUUCGACCAAAAUCUGUGGUUUCAUACAACCGUGACGAGGUUCGGAUUUAUACCGCUAGAUUAAAAAUCACGUAGUGCAAUUUCAGUGUGGCCUUAGAUUUAUUCCAACAACAUUUAUUAAGAUUUGUUCUAUUAGUUAUGAGCUACGGAAAACAUAUACAAUGUUGCACGUGACAAAUAUCGCUUACAUUAUUAUUAUAUAGAAUAUUAAAUUUAACAACAAAUAGAAUAUUUAUUUUUCGCAUUUUUUGUGAUUGUUUAUUUUUUCAUUUCACUUGCCAUAGCAUUUAUUUAAAUAUUUUACUCAUAGAAUUCAUCAAUUCAUUAACUUCUUUAAGCUAUUUUAUUUUUGUUAAAAAAUCAAAAUCGAAGUCUUAUAAGUACUUUUGAAUCUUGAAAUUUUUGAAGAUUAUAUUGAAUAUUAUUACACUGAAAGGGCAAUAAAUGCAAUAGUUAGUUUCGUUAUGAAAUGUCAAACAAGUCCACUAUUUAAUGACUUCGAUUUUGAUUUUGAUGAUGAUGACGUCACAGUAAUUUAAUAUUAACUUAUUCAAAUAGUUUGCAUGCUAUCGACUAGUCAUAUUAAGUGUAUCGAAUAAAUUCAUAACAUAA